AUGAACAGAGAGAAGAGUAAUGUAGAUAUUGGUGAAAGUCUAGAAGUAGAAGAAAAUGUCCGGCUUUUAGAAGAAAAAGUUGAAAAUCUUUCUUUAGAAGAGGGUGUCAUUUGUGAAGGUUCAGAGCAUUUGUGCAAUAAUUGUACCGAAGAAGCACAAGACGAAGAAAUUGUAACUGACAAAGAAAGAGAUGCUUUUUUAAUGUUGCAUUUUAACGAAAAUUCUUUUAUGAAAUCUUCAGUUCAAUUCAAUUUAGAGAGUGAUAUUAAUUCAGGAAAACAAUUCAAAGACAAAGCAACUCAAGUUUGUACUGAUGAUUUUACUUUUUCUUUUAUUUCUCUAAUAAAUUCGGAUAAGGUUUUAAAUACAUUAACCGGAAUUCCUACAUUGAGUCUUUUAGAAGCUUUAGUCGAAUCCGCGAAAAAAGUAUGGCCAAAUAGACGCCACGGGAAACAUGUUUUAUCAUUGAAAGAAAGUAUUGUUUUAACAAUGCUUAAAAUAAAACAAGAUUUAUCGUAUUCAAUGUUUUUUGCAUUGUUUCAAAAAGUUGGCAGGCACACAUGCUCUCGUGUCUUUAACACAACAGUUUUACUUUUAUCCACAAUUUUGACACCAAUCGUUGCCAGGUGGCCAUCGCGAGAAGAAAUAGAUAAUAAUAAUUUACCCAACUAUUUCCACGAAUUUAAGCCGACAAGGGUUGUACUAGACUGCACAGAGACUCCCAUCGAAAAAUCGAAAUGUCUCAGAUGUCGCGUUCGAUGUUAUUCACAGUACAAGUCCACAUUUACCGUAAAAGUAUUAGUUGGCGUUACUCCUGCAGGGUUAAUAUCUUAUGUCAGUCCAACUUACGGUGGAAGAGCGUCUGAUAAGCAAAUUUUUACAGACUCGGAAUUGUUGAAUUGCAUAACAGGUGGUACGGAUGCGGUAAUGGUGGACAAAGGUUUCCUAAUCGAGUCUCUAUGUGUUCGGCAUGACAUUCAACUAUUUCGACCACCGUUUAUGCAUGAUAAUCAAUUGAACCACGAUGAAGCGCAGUUUUGUAAAAAGAUAGCGGCAGCGAGAGUGCAUGUCGAAAGGGUUAAUCAAAGAAUAAAAUUUGUUAAAAUGGUUCGAUCUCAAUUUGCUUGGAAUUUAUUUGAUUAUAUGGAUCAUAUCUUUAGAAUUGCUUGCGCCCUUGUUAAUCUGUCAGCACCCGUUUUAGCUGAAAACAAUUUUUAA